AUGGCCUCGCAGCUCGACUUGAUCGUUCUCGGUCUUGGCGGCUUGCUCGCUGUCCUUUACCUCUUCCGCGACAGCCUUUUUGGCGGCUCCAAGGAUGUAGCCUCGAAGCUGGCGAACGGUUCUGCUCUCGCUGCUGCUACCGAGGAAGGCGGCUCCGACUUUGUCUCCAAGCUCAAGUCCCAAAAGAAGCGCAUCGCCAUCUUCUACGGCUCCCAGACGGGUACUGCCGAGGAGUACGCUACCAAGCUUGCCAAGGAGGCCAAGUCUCGUUUCGGCACCUCCUCGCUUGUACUGGACCCCGAGGAGUACGAGUUCGAGAAGCUUGAUCAGAUGCCCGAAGACUCGGUUGCUGUCUUCGUCAUGGCCACCUACGGCGAGGGCGAGCCUACCGACAACGCCGUCGGUUUGAUGGAGUUCCUCGAGAACGAGACACCCGAGUUCUCCAACGGCAGCGAGCGUCUCGAGAACCUCAACUACGUCAUCUUUGGUCUCGGAAACCGAACCUACGAACACUUCAACGCCGUGGCCCGCAAGCUCGACACCCGUCUUCAGUCUCUCGGUGCCAAGCGCAUCGGCGAACGAGGUGAGGGUGAUGACGACAAGAGCAUGGAGGAGGACUACCUGGCGUGGAAGGACUCCAUGUUUGAGGCGCUCGCCUCUUCGCUUAACUUCGAAGAGGGCGGCGGAGGCGACGUGCCCGACUUCAAGGUCACUGAGCUCGCCGAUCACCCCGAGGAUAAGGUCUACCAUGGAGAGCUUUCGGCUCGAGCGCUGCUCGGCACCAAGGGCAUCCACGAUGCCAAGAACCCAUACAACGCCGUCAUCCAGGAAGCUCGCGAGCUCUUCGUCGAGGGUACCGCCGACCGCACCUGCGUUCACGUCGAGUUUGACAUCGAAGGAUCUGGCAUCUCGUACCAGCACGGUGACCAUAUCGCUGUGUGGGCGCACAAUCCUGAACAGGAGGUCGACCGCGUGCUUGCCGUCUUUGGUCUCCUGGAUAAGCGCCUCUCUGUGAUCGAUGUCGAGUCGCUUGACCCUACUCUCGCCAAGGUGCCCUUCCCCGUUCCCACCACCUACGAAGCCGUCUUCCGACACUACAUCGAUGUCACCAGCACCGCCUCCCGUCAGACGCUCAAUAGCUUUGCCAAGUUUGCACCCACCCCCGAGAUCCAGGCGAAGCUCGAGAAGGUUUGCGCCAACAAGGACACUUUCCAGGCUGAGAUCGGCAGCCGCCUUCUCAAGACUGCCGAGGCCAUGCAGUGGAUCGCCGGUGACGACCUCCAGGCCGAUGCCAGCUCCAUCACGCCGUGGAACAUCCCCUUCGACCGUGUAAUCUCGGACCUACCGCGCGUUGGACCUCGUUUCUACUCCAUCUCGUCGAGCCCUAAGAUGCACCCCAAGUCGGUCCACAUCACCGCAGUCGUGCUUCGAUACAAGGCCAACGAUUCGAGCCCUUGGGUGCACGGCCUCGCCACCAACUUCAUCAGCAGCAUCAAGAUGGAAAAGAACGGCGAGAAGCCCUCUGGCUCGACCGAUCCUCGCUUCGGCACUCCCAAGUACUCGCUCAACGGUCCCCGCGACGCCUACACCAAGGACGGCAAGUUCCGUGCUCCCAUCCACAUCCGACGAUCCAACUUCCGCCUGCCCACCUCGCCCAAGAUCCCUGUCAUCAUGGUCGGACCCGGUACUGGUGUCGCUCCCUUCCGCUCCUUUGUUCAGGACCGUGUUUGCAGCGCUGAGAAGGCGCUCGAGAAGUCCAACGGCAAGACACCCGAGGAGACGCUCAAGGAUUGGGGCAACAUCUGGCUCUUCUACGGUUGCCGCAAGACGGACGAGGACUUCCUCUACCGCGAUGAGUGGCCGCAGUACGCACAGAAGCUCGGCGGCAAGUUCCUCAUGGAGACCUCGGUCUCCCGCGAGAAGUUCAAGCCUGAUGGCUCCAAGCUUUACGUUCAGGACCUCAUCUGGGAGCGACGUAAGCAGAUCGCAGAGGACAUCCUCGAGCGCAAGGCCUACAUCUACAUUUGCGGUGAGGCAAAGGGUAUGGCUCAGGAUGUUGAGGCUAUCUUCGGCAAGAUUCUGGAGGAGGCCAAGGGAUCUGCUGGGGAGGGCAAGAAGGAGAUGAAGCUACUCAAGGAGCGUUCGAGGUUGUUGCUCGAUGUUUGGUCUUAG